GCCGAUACAGGAACAUGCCGAGGAUCACAAUUUGGCAAAGCCACAGUUUGGGACAGAAUGGAGGCUGUGGGCGAGUUGUAGUGAAACGCGGCCUUUGUGUUGCUCCCUAUCUCACUUUGGUGCUCCGGCGACAGCGUGAACACUACAAUGGACUCGGACAUUUCCGGUGACGGCGGAACAAACCACAGCCAUGGGGUCAGUGGUACCGGCGGGGCGAUGAGCGCAUCCUCCCGGCCGCGGGAGCAGCAGGACGGGGACGCGGCGGCAGCAGCAGCGGCAGCAGCAGCGAUGUCUCUGCCGGGGAUUUUACACUUUAUUCAGUACGAAUGGGGUCGUUUUCAGGCAGAAAAAUGCCGCUGGGAAGCUGAGAGGGAGGAACUAAGGGCACAGGUGGCAUUUCUUCAGGGAGAAAGAAAAGGUCAGGAGAGCAUGAAGCAAGAUCUGGUGAGGCGGAUCAAAAUGCUAGAGUACGCCCUUAAACAGGAACGGGCCAAAUAUCAGAAACUGAAAUCUGGCACUGAUCAGAGCCCAGAGAAGAAGCCAGAGACUAAGAAUGAACCAAUUCCCAAUGGUCAAGGAGAAUUUGACACUGAGACAGCCCAUCAAAUGGCAUGGAAGGAGGGUCGCCAGUUGUUGCGCAAGUACCUGGAGGAGGUGGGUUAUUCUGACACUAUACUGAACAUGCGCUCCAAACGAGUCAGAUCUCUGUUGGGUCGCUGUAGCCCAGAGGUAAAUGGGCCUCUGCCACAAGAACCUUCCCCAGAACCCAAGCCCCAUGGAGGAGGAGACUCCCUACUUGUACGCCAGAUAGAGGAGCAGAUCAAAAAAAAUGCUGGCAAAGAAAGUUCUACAGAGCACACUGGCAGGUCAGUUUUGGAUAAAAUUCAUUUCCUGCGUAGCUGUGAUGAUGAAGAUGACAGUGAUGAAGAUGAUGACUUCCAGGGAAUAGCCACAGAUUGCAUUGAUGGACCACAUAAAAACAAGAAAUCCAGAGGCAAGAUAUUUGGAGAACCCAUGACCACAGGUCUAGACCCUGAGGAUGAAGAAGAUGAGGAGGAUGAUUCAGAAGAUGCCCUCAGUGAAUUUGAUUUUCUGGGUUCAGGAGAAGAGGGUGAGGGAGCUGGGGAGGCGUGCGUUUCAGGAGAUGGCCGUGAAUUAGGAUGCACUCUGGGUUUCUCAUCUGAUGUUUUCAUUCUGGAUACAGUUGGAGGAGGAGACAUAAAUCUUGGCGAGUUGGCUGACCUUACUGUCGCUAAUGACUUCACCAUUGAUCACCAGGACAGUCAGGAAGAGUUUAAGAAGACCUGGAAUCCACGCUUUACUCUCCGGAGCCACUUUGAUGCUAUCCGAUCAGUGACCUUUCACCCAAGUCAGCCGGCGCUGUUGACCGCUUCAGAGGAUGGAACACUAAAGCUUUGGAACCUGAACAAGACAAUGCAUUCAAAAAAGGGAGCAGCGCUGGAUGUUGAACCUAUUUACACUUUCCGAGGACACAAUGGAGCAGUCCUCUCUUUAGCCAUGGGAGAGGAAGGGAAGUAUUGCUACAGUGGAAGUCUGGAUGGAAGCAUACGUUGUUGGAAAUGUCCAGAUCUUAAUAUGGAUCCUUAUGACAACUACGACCAAGGUGUUGAGAGUGCCGUGUUAUUAGGACAUGAAGAUUCCGUGUGGGAUCUGGUGUAUUCAUCCAACCUAAAGCGUCUGGCCUCCUGCUCCGCAGACGGCACUGUGCGUAUCUGGGACCCCCAGAGCUCCACACCCUGUAUGAGUGUUUUCAAUAAAUCCAAAGAACACGGAACACCUAGUUCCAUUGCCUUUGGGAGCGUAGACAUGUCCCAGGCUGUUGUGUCCUUUGCUGGUGGUGAGACAGUCCUCUAUGACCUCCACACAGAGCAAAGCAUCAUGGUCCUAGAAACCCAGACAAAGGAUGACAAUCAGCUGAUUAACUGUGUGGUCAGUCAUCCAUCCCAAGCCAUCUCAAUCACUGCCCACGAGAACCGCACCAUCCGCUUUAUGGACAACAAGACAGGGAAAGUGAUUCACUCCAUGGUGGCUCAUUUAGACGCAGUCACCUGCCUAACCACUGACCCUAAAGGCAGUUACCUCGUCUCUGGCAGUCAUGACUGUUCAGUUCGCUUGUGGAUGCUGGAUAAUCGCACAUGUGUGCAGGAAAUCACAGCCCACAGAAAGAAGCAUGAUGAAGCGAUCCACGAUGUGGCUUUUCACCCUUCACAACCUCUGAUUGCCAGCGCUGGAGCUGAUUCCCUCGCAAAGAUCUUCAUUUGACUUCAUCUUCAUUGUCAUCACUGUUAAUUCUCAGAAAUAAUUGGUUAGUGUAAAUAGGGCUUUCCCAAACCUAAACAUUUAACACUAAGGUUGGUGACUAAGUUCAGGCAAAACCUGUAAAGCAGUAAACUAAUCAAACACCUUAAAUGUUCUUCCUGUGGCCGCAGCACCACUGAUGCACCAAUGUGACGUGUAAUGUUAGACUACAUUCUGUUAGACACACACAAGGUUAAACCUUUACCCAGUGGGACACGUCCUCAUAUGGCUGCAAAUAAAAUAUAUUACUACAAAGGGACAAUUGGGUUUAAUUAUCAGUUUAGGUGACAAAUUACAGUAUUUAUAAAUUUUGGGUUCUUAAAAAAAAAAAGGAAAAGGACUUUUAAUGAGCCUGUGAUUUUAUUCUCCACAGACAAAGUGUACAGUUCCAAAGUUCAAAUAAACCAUAAUAGGUGAAAACCAGACAUAUUUAAACAAUUUACAUCUGAAAUACAGAAUAUAGGGGAAGCCACUGUCUGUAGUUUCUCCUCUGCACUCUUAUGUAUAGAUGGCAGUUUACAUGUACAAUAGUGUAUGAGCUAUACAUGAGUCACAGUUCACCUGAAUGGUGAGAGUGCAUAAAUGACGUAUGGAUAUCUUUGGUACACUAAUUUGCAUGCCAUGACUGUUAAAAUCUUAAAAUAGAUAAAAAAUGAUCUAUUAAAGACUAUAACUAUCAUGAAUUAAGCAAAGUUCAGAUCUAAAUUGCAUUGUUUAUAUGACUGAGUAAGAUAAUGUACAACUUUGUUGGUUAUUGCAUCACCAUUGUCUGUUUUCCCUUCGUCACUCUCAGUCCCGGGACAAAAAUGUACCAUCCAAAAUCUACAUACAGUUGUAUUACUGCACACACACAAAGCCUGGACUCCAUAUCCAUAAUGCCAUAGUUACUUUAUCUCAUUGUCUUUCAGCCUGUUUAGUGAGUCGAUGUACCAUCAUGGGAACACACAAUCCACUGACUUGUACAUGCCUUAGUCAUAUCAUCAUAUGUGUGUGUUGAUUAGAUUUCACCUCCAUACUUUCAUAUCCAUUAUGAUGUAUUUUUAAUAAUCCGCUUGUUAAGGCUUGGUGUUUUUAUAUCUGUAGCCAGAGAACAUUAGCUGAUUUGACUGGGCAGCUAAAAGAAACUGUUUUCGUAUGCACAGUGAUGGAUUAUCUGUGCUGUUCACAGCCCACUGUCACAAAUAUUGGUGCUAAAUUAUUCAGUAUCAGGGAAGUUUUCCUCAAGCCUACAUCUGGGUUAAACCUGCCUUUGCUCUGAACAUGUUUUUGUUUUUGAUCUGGAACAUGAGCAAAAGAGGGAAUGCAAAAGGUAGAAUAAAAAAGAGAAGGAAAGUAAAAGAAGGUGAAAGCUUCGCCAGUUGCAGUUCCUCAUGCAAAGGCCUAUUAUCUCAAAACUACUUUUAUUUGAGAAAACACUUUUUCUGUUGCAGUUAAACUGUAAUGCAAACUAUUAAACACUACAUUUGGA